AUGAAUGAUGAGACAAUCACUAUCAAUGUGUUUGAUGCUAUGAAAAACUCAUCUGACCAGAGUGACUGCUUCAGACUUGAUGUGUUUGACGAAGUAGUCAAAGAAGAGAAGAUUGAUGAUCAAGAGCUUGGAGAUGAGUUGGAGGCUCUAGAUGAAGUUACUCCACAAGAAGAGCGAGAUGUUGUCUUUGAGGUGCUAGAAAAGAAAGAAGAUAACUCAGUUACAUUGGCACCAAAAGUAGAAUUAAAAGAGUUACUUGAAACUCUGAAAUACGCCUUCUUAGGAGAUGAAGAACAAUAUCCUGUUAUCAUCAAUAAGGAAUUGUCUUAUGAUGAAGAGAAAAAUUUGUUGGAAGUACUCAAGCAGAAUAAGACAGCUACCGAGUGGUCUAUUUCUGAUUUGAAGGGCAUAAACCCUUCUUUCUGUACUCACAAGAUCCUCAUGGAAGACAAUGUCAAACCAGUGAGACAGCCUCAGAGGAGACUAAACCCCACAAUGAAGGAAGUAGUCCGCAAGGAAGUGAUGAAGCUCAUGGAUGCUGAAAUGAUUUACCCAAUUUCUGACACUGCAUGGGUGAGUCCAGUACAGACAGUUCCAAAGAAAGGAGGAGUAACUGUUGUGAAAAAUGAUCAAAAUGAGUUGAUUCCCACCAGAACUAUUACGUGCUGGAGGAUGUUUUUAUCGGAGAUUCAUCGUGGAUUUUUUGAAGUUGCAAAGCCUCUUAGCCAACUGUUGAUGAAAGAACAAGACUUCCUUUUUGAUGAAGCCUGCCUCAAUGCAUUCAAUGUGUUAAAGGAAAAGCUUACCACGGCGACUGUGAUGACAGCGCCAGACUGGAGUCUUCCGUUCGAACUCAUGUGUGAUGCGAGCGGAUACACUAUGGGUGUAGUACUUGGUCAGCGUUCUAAAGUUAUUGUAUUUACUGACCAUGUUGCUCUUAAGUAUUUGAUGACCAAGCAGGAUGCAAAGCAACGUUUGCUGCGUUGGAUGCUCUUGUUUCAAGAGUUUGACUUGGAAAUCAAAGACAAAGCUGGAGUGGAGAAUAAAGUUGCUGAUCACUUGUCUAGGAUUCAAGAUAAGAACUUACAAGAAGGACCUGAAAUUGAGGUCAAUGAGUCUUUUCCUGAUAAGCAAGUGAUGGCAGUAAUUAUGCAUCCAUGGUUUGCAAACUUUGCAAACUACAAAGCUGUUGGGUCGAUGCCUGAUAAUCUCACUUGGCAGCAGAAAAAGAAAUUCCUUCAUGAUACAAGGAGGUACCACUGGGAUAAUCCUUUUCUUUGUUUUCAAGGUGCUGGUGGUGUUAUUCGCAGGUGUGUAGCUGAAUUCGAAAUGCCAGAUAUUUUGUGGCAUUGCCAUGCAUCUGAUUAUGGAGGACAUUUUGGAGGCAACAGGACUGCACAGAAGGUGUUGCAAAGUGGGUAUUACUGGCCUACAAUUUUCAAGGAUGCACGAGAGUUUGUAGAGAGAUGUGAUAAGUGCCAGAGGACGGGAAACAUAACCCGCAAAGAUGAGAUGCCUCUCAACUGCAUACUAGAGGUGGAAUUGUUUGAUGUUUAG